AUGGAUGAUGAAACGUCUGGUCAGCGAAGGAGGCGAGUUGGCCAUCCUCAAAGUGCAAUCGCUGGCCUUGUUAAGAUGGAAGAUGGCAAUAGGCCGGGGGACAACACGGACGUCAAUAUGCUGCUGUCUCCUUCCCCUACCAGUUUAUCCUCGUGCCAACCGCCACCCAAAAAGCUGAGCAUCAGGGUGCCGGCCUGCUUUGUUGAUGCAACUGCAGUAAAUGGAAAAGGUCAUGACACCAGACACAUCUCGUGGGCGGUUGGCAGCGGCGUCGAGUGCUCUGCGGCAGGUUCGUCGUCACAACCCACCCGCAGACGCCGCUCGAGGCAGUUCUUCGCACCGCCAACCCCCUCGCCCAUCAACGUCAACGGCGCUGGUCCUGCUCACACCACAGGUCACAAGAACCACGAGCCAAUGACAAAGACUGACCUGACUCUUCCUGUCCUCAGCCCCGUCGCCCAGUCCGCUUCGGCCGAAAACUCACCCGUCCAUCCUUAUAUGCCAGGCCAGCCCAAGUCUCUCGCCGGCAUUGCUACCCGCGCCUUUUGCCUGGGCGCCGUCCUCGCAGUCUCUGUUGUGUCUGCCAUCUCCAUUCUGCUUUUGACCUCGAGCCCACUUUGGCGCCUUCCCUUCUUUACCGGCGCCCUGGCCACACACCACUUCCUCGAGUUCUGGACCACCGCUGCCUACAACACUCCGACGGCCAACGUCGACAGCUACCUCUUGACAGCCAACUGGCCCAUGCAGACCAUUGCGUACGCAUUCGCCGCACUCGAGUGUCUGCUGGUUUGCCUCGUAUCCCCGAAUCGCGCCUGGGCCCCACUGCACACAGGCCCGCUGCUGCUGCUGCUGGGCCUCAUCCUCGCGGGAGUUGGCCAGCUCAUCAGGUCUGCAGCCAUGAUCCAGGCCGGUCUGUCUUUUAAUCACAUCGUUCAGCAGGCGAGGGGGCCGCAGCACCAUCUCGUCACGACGGGAAUUUAUGCCAAGCUCCGUCACCCAAGUUACUUUGGUUACUUCUACUGGGCUCUGGGUACACAGCUCGUGCUAGGAAAUCUCGUCAGCACAAUUGCGUACAGUUUUGUCUUGUACCGUUUCUUCUCACGACGCAUUCGGCAUGAAGAGGAAACCCUUGUGAGGUUCUUUGGAGAGGAGUACAACGAUUACAAGAGAACGGUUGGGACCAAGAUUCCUUUUAUACCAUGA